AUUUCACUUCACGUGCAAAACGCAAGCGAAAGGCAUUCCAUUACUACAUUCUGUUCAAUCUGGCAUGGUUCUCACGGCUUCCAAUGUCGCCUGGGUCCGGGAUAUUGGGGCUGGGAUAUGUUCUCAAUGUUUUACUCCGACCUCGUCUCAAACCUGUCCGCCUGGAGGAGGCGCUUCUUUUCGUACUAUACCACUUUUUUUAUAUUCACGUAUUCUCCCGGGGUGUACCUUUUUUAUUCUCUCUCGGCCUUUUUUUUGCCCAUGCUGCUGAUAAUUUUCUCGCACUCUUUUAAUAUCACACUGUUAUCACACAAAACAAACAACAACUUUGGUUCCUUGCUCCCCAUCGAUCUUGAUGGAAAUAACCAAAGGAGCUUCUUCACUUUCGGGUUCUCUGACUCUACUCUACUCUCCUCUGACUGACGGAACGGCCUCAACUUAUCAAGCGUUGCUGCAGAUUGGCUGGCCUAGGCGCUUUUUAUAACGGUCUUUUCUGCUGCUUUCUUCUGAAUGUGUUUUGUCUAAUAUUUACACACUCUUUCCUUAUUCACGAGGCCGGAAAAUAUGGAACACUUUUCUCCUUUUUGAUGAUCAUGAUUUUGCGUGUGAG